CGUGUACGUUUCAUUUUGACAGAAGCAGCUGUCAUCGAGUGGGAUCAGAAGGACGAAAAAUGGCGAUUUGGAGCUCGCUCGCACGUUCCGCUCAGGUUUCUGCCCAAUUUAGCGGCCUGCUGAAGAAUCCGGUGCUGCUGCAAGCAAGCAAAAAUGCACUGGUGCAGGCUCGCUCGAUGUCCGGCCACGGGCCGAAGAUGUUCACCAUCACGCCGUCGCGAUUCCAGUGGCACAAGUUUAAGGACAUGUUCCAUUACUACAUCAUGGUCGGCCUGAUUCCGGUCGUCGGCAUCAUCUUCUACGCCAACGUGUUUAUCGGCCCGGCUCAGCUGACGGAGGUUCCGGCCGACUACGAACCGAAGCACUGGGAGUACCACAAGAAUCCGAUCACGCGCUUCAUCGCCAGGUACAUGCUGAACAAUCCUCAGGAAGAUUACGAAAAGAUGCUGCACCACUUGUACGAGGAGAAUGAAAAGGCACAGAUGCUGGCGCUGGAGCAGAAGAUCCGCGACAAAAUGGCCGAGAGGAACGAUUACCAGUCGUACUACUACCGCCCGGCCAUCGGCAAGUACCAUCGGGUGGCCAAGGAAGCCGCCGAGCACCUGGAGUCGAUUCGCGGUGAUUAAUUUGGUGGGCAAUGCGUCGUAGAUGUUUGUAAAUUCGAUUAUUAAAUUCACUAAUAAGAUACAAA